AUGUCUGAUUACCGGAUUCGUCUGUACCAGGACUCGGACUAUGACAGGGCGAGAAAUCUUUUUGCACAAGGCACCCUGGAGCACCAUCGAGUGGCCUUUAACCAUGCCUUCACACUGCCACACAUUUGGAUUAUUAUGCUUGUCGUUUUAAUUCUUCCGAUACUAAUAUUCCAAUCAUUUAUGUUGUCCAUUCUGUGUGUUCUCCUGCCAUUAGUUGCUUUGUGGUUUGGUACUAGAGAUCUGUAUGGGUCCUAUGUUAAGCAUGCCCUUUCCGAUGACAUGUUGGAUGUCAAGAAGUACUACCUGCAGAGGGAUGGUUACUGCUUCUGGGUGGCUGAGUCUGCUGGAGAAGUCGUGGGUAUUGUAGCAGCUACACCAUCCUUUUACGCUGGAGGAGAACGGCACCUAGAGCUAAAGAGGAUGUCA